AUGUCGUUAACGAACUGCCGCUUUUACGAGGAGAAGUUCCCGGAGAUUGAUAGCUUCGUCAUGGUCAAUGUCAAGCAGAUCGCCGAAAUGGGUGCUUACGUCAAGCUCCUGGAGUACGACAACAUAGAUGGCAUGAUUCUCCUCUCUGAAUUGUCGCGACGACGUAUUCGAAGUAUCCAGAAGCUCAUUAGAGUCGGGCGUAACGAGGUUGUCGUUGUGCUGCGAGUGGACAAGGAGAAGGGCUAUAUUGAUCUUUCCAAGCGACGAGUGUCUCCCGAGGAUAUGGUCAAGUGCGAGGAGCGAUAUAACAAGAGCAAGACCGUCCAUCUGAUCAUGAGACACGUCGCCGAGAAGACCCAGACUCCUAUUGAGACGUUGUACGAGUCCAUUGCCUGGCCCUUGAACCGAAAAUAUGGCCACGCCAUCGAUGCCUUUAAGCUGUCUAUUACCAACCCCGAAAUCUGGAACGAUAUGACUUUCCCCAGCAAGCCCGUCGAGGACGAGCUGAAGCUGUACAUUAGCAAGCGACUUACUCCUCAGCGAACCAAGGUUCGAGCUGAUAUUGAAGUCACCUGCUUUGGCUAUGAGGGCAUCGACGCUGUCAAGACUGCACUGAGAACUGCCGAGGCCAAGAACGACUCUGAGGAUGCCAACUCCGACACUCAAGUCAAGGUCAAGCUUGUCUCGCCCCCUUUGUAUGUGCUCACCAGCACUUCCUUCGACAAGCAGCAGGGCAUUAUUCUCCUGCAGGAGGCCAUUGAGAGCAUCAGAAAAAGCAUCGAGGCUGCCGGCGGCAACCUAACUGUUAAAAUGGACCCCAAGGCUGUUACCGAGAGCGAUGAUGCUGAGCUGCAGGCCCUCAUGGAGAAGAGAGAACGUGAAAACGCCGAAGUCAGCGGUGACGAGAGCAUGAGCGAGAGCGACGACAAUAUCCCCGAGACGAUCUAG